GGGCUGGGGAUGUUCGGACGGAAACCCGGCCUCCGGCCACGAGCCGACGGCUCGCUGCUUGGCAGCGGAGUCAUCUCCUGUGCUGAGAGACCGAGGGAAGGAAAGUUUCGCUCCCAACAUUCCCAUCAACAUGACCUCCAACUCCAAUUUAUCCAGCAUGCGGCGGACGGUGGAGCAGCUGAAGCUGGAAGCCAGUGUGGAACGAAUCAAGGUGUCCCAGGCGGCUGCAGAGCUCCAGCAGUACUGUCUGCAGAACGCAGGCAAGGACGCUCUCCUGGUUGGAGUCCCCACAGGCAGCAACCCCUUCAGAGAGCCGCGCUCCUGCGCUGUGGUGUGAAGGUCAGAGUCACAGAGUUGCACAGGAACACAGAAACAGCAAAGUCUCAAUCUGGCACGAGGGGUUUAACAGCUUGUACUCCCUGCAGAGUAUGAAGAAGCAUCUCCCCCAUGGAAGAAAACACCUCCAAUACUAUUUUGGUUAUUAUUAUUUUUUUCAUUAGCGUCUUAUAAUAAAUAUGUUUGUCAAAUAAAUGUCUUUCUAUAUGAACAUAA